AUGUCGCGCGCUCAAAAUGGAUGUCGGGGCGGUGGUCGUGGAACCAAGGAACCACUCCUCAUUGACGCGGUCAUUGGCAAAGUGGUUAAACGCAACCGUCGAAACCUAUCCGCCGCCUGGAUAGACUACAAAAAGGCAUUCGACUCGGUGCCUCAUACAUGGCUGAAGAGGGUCCUCGAGCUGUACAAGGUUGACUGUACAGUUAGAGACUUCCUCGGGCAGUGUAUGGGGCAGUGGAGUACGAUCCUUUGUCAUCUAGGCGAGCGAAUGACGGCUGCGGAGAACCACAUAAGGAUAAGAAGGGGUAUCUUCCAGGGCGAUUGUCUGAGUCCAAUCUGGUUCUGCCUCUCUCUGAACCCUCUCAGUACCUUACUGGAGGGCUCCGGGAGGGGAUUUCAGCUUCGGAGAGGAGGUACAAAAGUGACCCACAUUUUCUAUAUGGAUGAUCUCAAGUUAUUCGCCUCCAGUCGCUCUCAUCUUGUGGAAUUGCUAAACAUCACUUGUGAUUUUAGCAAUUCUAUUAGAAUGGAGCUGGGGACGGAUAAGUGUGCGGUCCUCCAUGUCGAAAGGGGUAGGGUUGCUAACUCUGAGGGCAUAGAUUUAUCUAUGCCCAUCAACAUAAGGACCCUUUCCGAGGCUGAAACAUACCGAUACCUGGGUAUGUCACAGAACAUCGGUGUAGAUGAGGCGGGUAUGAAACAGUCAGUUUGCGAUGUGUUUUAUGCACGCUUGACCAAAGUGGACUCAGACCGAACUAAACGCUCUGGACAGAAAAGUCCGCACUAUAAUGACGUCCCACAGGAUGCAUCAUCCGAGAUCGUCAGUAAUGAGGCUGUACUUGCCGCGGAAGCAUGGUGGGCGCGGCUUUUUAAGCGCGCUUACCAUGCAUAA